GCAAGCCGUUGCUUCGUGUCGUGAUCGAGCGAACGAAUCGACGUGAGCGGGCAGCCACAGGCAGUCGCAGGGACCUGUGGGGUCAGCCAGCGGAUAUAUUAUGUCAAAGCGAGCCACGGCGGCGUAUCGAACGUGAGCGCGAUCGCGAGCAACGUCCGUACUCCCGUUCGCGGGAGUGUCGUCGUUGGUGCCUCUCGCGUAGCUCACACGUACGUAAGUACACAAGUGCGAGCCAGGCGGCCAGCAGUGGAGUGCCGGAUGCAGUUUUAAACGCACAUACGUCGUCGUCAUCGUCGUCAUUGUCGUCGCCGGCCUUUCAUCGCCCGUGGCUGCUACAUCCCGCUGUCGGUCAGGAUCCUGGACGCGAAUGAAUGAGUGAUCCUCGCGGUGUUGUCCCCGCGCGAUCGCACGCGUCCCUUCUUUCGAAACCGCCGCUAUGCUGACGCUGCAGCAUCAAUUGGAGCAGACAAUAGCUCGAAAAUGGGGUUGAGACGGCGGCGUAACAAACUGAGCGGGACGUCGACGAGGUAAUCAGCUUAGACCCCGUGAAGAAGAUGAUGACUGCCAUGGCUCGGUUGCCCUGCAAGCAAUCAUCCUCGCCCUCGCAGCAGCCGAGAGUGAACAAUUUCGGAAACAGCCGGAAUCCUUACUGGGACAUGCAGCAGGCCAGGCAUCCUGCACCGCCGUAUGUCAGAAAUCAUCAUCGGCAUACCGAUUAUACAGGGAAGCGGAAGAGCGCCGUGGAGUUGCUGCAGGAGACGAAAGCCUUUUACGUGAAGAGCGAGACCGUGCUGGAUCGGAAGCAGGAGCUGAAGAACAGCGGCCACCUACAGGUCUCGCAGCUGAGCGCUCCGGGCGCACCGCCUGCCAGAUUGCUGCGGAAAUGCACCGGCAACUCGUCCGCCUGCCCUAUGCAGCCGACGUCGCCGUCGCAACUGCAGCCGACCCCCAUGACGCCGCCCUGCUGCUGGGCCUCGUGUCAUGAACAGGACAGACUAGACGGAAUUCUGAGUCCUCAACAAACACUGCCACCCGCGCUGCCACCGAAGAGUCCACGUUUGGUCCCGGUUCCCCAACGACGGACGAUUUCAGGGCCCCCGAGUGGUACUGGGGGUGAUCAGUUGCAAAACAAGCUGCGUCGACUGCUGAACACCGACAGCAAGGAAAACGUAUUCUUUCCCGAGAGUCCGCCGCAGAGUGCGGCGCAAAGCAACGGCAUACCGUCGAGGGAGGAGAAGUUCCGGUAUUCACCGGGAAGUCUCUCGCCCGGCUGUCGAGAUGAGGAUCGCGUUCUGCGUUGCGCGCCGCAGGAUAUUCGUUUCAAGUUCGGCAGAAGCAAUUCGCACUCACACACGUCUGGGAGAUCCAGUCGAAAAUCAAAUAACUCCCCGUCGGUGGAAAAUACGAUAUGUCACAAGUCCUUGCCGGAUCUGCACACGAGCACACGUCGUCGGGCGUCACUCUCGCCGCGCGCGUCCACGAAAUUGUCUGCGAAGCCACCCGCUCAUCACCAAGCCACGAAUACGAGCAAUUGCCCGGAUUACGAAACUAGUUCGGAUUAUUCGGAUCACAGUUUUAAACGUGACGCCUUUUGUUAUCGCAGUUCGCGACAUAUUCGACGAUCUUUAGGAUCUGGCGGCGGCGAUGCGAGCAGCGUGUUAUCCUCAGGUGGGCGUACGCAGAAGUCAUCGGGUUCCAGUAAGCUGAGCCACGGCGCGACAGCCAGAGACUCCGGCGGCUCUUCUGGACAUUGCACUCAUCGUAGCGAACCAGCACCCAGAAUACAAGACUGUUGGACCCAUAUACGCAGAGAUAGCGGCGCAUCCACGCAACAUUCUACCGAGAAAGAUCGAUCAAGAAAAGGCAGCUAUAUUGGCGGCACACUGCCUUCCGUUGUGAGACAUUAUAGUCCGGAUUCUGAAAGCAGCAACAGUCAAACAGAUUAUAGUCCAACCUGCAACUCAAGGUUUUCUGACGGUUGGAAGGAAGGUCGCGGUCGGCCGAUUCUAAGAUCAAAAUCAGACAUCAGCGACCGAUACUGGCGUCAGGAUAACGGCCGUUCCAGCAAAGUAUCUUCUCGCCCACCACGAUCGAUGACUCAGCUCGAGAACUUUUUCGACCGUUUAGGAUUGGACUCUGACAACUAUCAGCGUAUAACGGAACCCGAUUCGAAAUCGUCGUCGCCCGUAUUCUUCGAUAGCGUCAGCUCCGUAGAUUCGGCGCUGGGUCUCUAUUCCUGGGUCGGUAGUAGCCAGACGAACCAAGGCAGCCAGUGGCAAAACAACUGCAGCAUCGGUAUGGGUAACGAUGAGUGCAACCAAAGGGUAAAUGAUCCGCCGAGUAUCGUCGAACGAAACGCACGUAUUAUCAAGUGGCUUUGCCAGUGUCGCAAAGUGCAGUUAGGAUACAGUUAAACAACGAGUUUCGCAACGUGGAUAAAUUCUUUAUUUUCAAGAACAAUAUACUUUAAUCAACGAGACAUUAGCGUUUGCCAUUCUACAAAUGAUAUAUCAAAUAUCGUGCAGAAAGAUUUGUUUCGUGUAAAUGUGGAAUUGAUUGACGCUUUUUAUCCUCCUUUUUACUACUUGCAUAAUUUAAUCAUUUAAGAAUUUUCAUCGAUCCUAUGUUGAUUGCUUAUUAAGAGGACGAUUAUUGUCGUUUUAAUUUAUUGUCCCUAACAAUAGAUGAAUCUGUGCCAUUUUAUAAUUACUUGUUACGAUUAUAUGUGUUGUGCCUUUCGUCAAAUUAUCCUUAUAAAUUCAGGGUAAAACGUCUUCAAAUUUACGUGUGUUUCAAAAUCUAUAUUUUAAUAUAAAAUAUUUGGUGAAUAAGAAAUGUACGGUGAUGUCUAAUAUUUUUGAAGGCACAUUGAGAAAUUCUCGCUUAUAUAUAAUAUUCUUCUUGAACAAAAAUUCGUUAUUACGUUUUAAUAUUAUUAUCUUGUAAUAAGUCUAUGAUAUGUUACGCGAAUUUUUUCUCUAUUUAGCAAAGCAAUACUAGAUUAUUACAAAAUAUUAACAAAGUUGUGCAUAAA